AUGACAGGACGAAAGCUGUCCGACCCAGGAGAGGGACCAGGACCCAAAAAGCCAAGAACUCAGCCUGUGGGCUCUUGUGCUAGAUGGUGCGAGAUUGAGCCAGAUGGAUCAUUCUCAUGGGAUGAGACCAAGAUCAAGUCCUCACAUUCACAAGAGGAGCUCGAGAACGCCGAUUGGAUGCGAGAUGUGAUUCAAGGAAGAGUUCUCAGUGGCCGAGUGUGCCCUUUGAUCUUUGAUUACUCUCUUCCCGACGCGCCAGAGACGGUCCGAUUUCGCACCUUGUCAUUCUUGUCAGAGCUGGUGGAGAACUCAAACGGCGCUUCCCGGUCCAAGGCGUUAACUCCCAAUCAGCACAAGAUUAUUGCUAUUGGUAUCCGCGACUUGUACAUUGCGGAAGCAGCAGGUCUCUUGCAACAGCCAGAGAAAGUCAUACUCCAAGGCAUGGUUGACUUGGUUGACUUGGUUGAUCAAGACCUUGGAGCGACGCAACUCGGUGGACUUAGCAUCUCAUUCUACCCAUCCAAAGAGUUCAGCAUCACCAAGUUCAUCGAGAAUCUAGACGAAAAGAUCGGAGAAGAGGCUUCGGAGCUGUACGCUCUAAUCAUGCCCACGCCCAAGUUAUUCGCUGUCUUUGUCAACCCAGGUGAUCUCUCUUACCACAACUUUGAGAACAUUAUUCACUUGGACUCUUGGUUGGAGUCAAACAUGUCAUCAGUGAGACCUGAGCAAGCCCUGUCCUUGGAGAACGCAACUCAAACAACUCCCGAUCGCGAAAUCUUUACCUGUGACUUGCAGGGCGACAUUCUCACCCCCUUGAAAGCUUUGUCUGAGCUCGACUUGUAUGUUCCGCCGUUGAACAAGACCACACGCGGCGGAGACCGGUUCAUCUUUCAUUCAUCAAUACUGAGUCAAGUGCUCACCGAAGCUUUGCAAUCCAGCGGUGUUCUUGACAAGCUUUCUGGAGGUCAACUAAAGUCAUCGUUUGAGUUCGUCAAUUACGUCUUCCGAUGCAAUAGGUUCAACACAGACGACUCCCACUUCCAGAGCCAUCUUGAUACACCGUACUACGACAGUUCUCGGUCUCAGAUCUCCAAGUACACGAUGCUUAUCAACUUGACCACGGGCCACAGCGAUCCCGCCCUGCGUAUCGAAGACGUCUCAUUCAAUGACGUUCGAGAAUUCACUUGUACAAUCUUUGACCAAAAGUACGAGCAUGAAGGGUGGCCGUUUUUGGAUGGGCAGAAAGUCUUUAUCCGCACCGAGCUUGUUUUCAGGGACGAUCAACUGGAACACAACAGUGAGAUUGCUGGGCUGUUUGCUGAGGCCUGCUACAUGUCAUGGCAAAGCAUGUUUGACCAGGGUCUGUCUUCCUACGCCAACGAGUGUUUUGAGCGGGCAAACUCGCUGCAUUGGGCACUCGAAAGGGCUGCCACUCGGCCACCGGUCUACUUGUCAAAGCAGUUUCAGGGGAUAAGGUUCCUCACAAACGGGUACAACUACUGGUUUUUGAAGAGUGAUGGCGCCACUCCAAGGGAAUGCGCUCUGGUGGCUGUGCUCGAUUACUUCAACUGCAAGAUUGGACAGAAACCGUUUCAGUCAUUGGUGACAUCGACAACGCUUGAAAGAAGAUUUGGAAGCACUGAUGAGAUAUGGAACUUAUUGGCUGAUGAUGAAGUCAAGGGAAAGACAGGCAUCAGACAUCUGAACAAAACCGACAUCGAAUCACUCAUCAAAACAGGACCCAGCAAGCCCUUGGAGUGGCAGCUCGAAGAUUGGGAUGGCGAGCCCGAGGAACUUGAAGAAUUUGACGAAGACGGAGACGGCUGCUGCCCUAUGCAUUCGUUUCCCAUGUUCAACCCUUGGAAGAACAACGAGAUUAUGGAUGCAUAUGAUGCAUGCUGCGACUAUUCUCGGCAGAAGCUAUUCGGAGCACCACUGCUCAUACUCGACCAAGAGAUCAUCAUUAAUGAAGAGAAGAUCAAGAUUUUCGGCGACAAAGUCUUUUUUCUUCGUUCCAAAGACGGCAAAUCUCUCCCACGAAUCAACUUUGCCGCCUGCUGGGCUGAUGACACAGUUCCCUCAGAGUUCGUCUUGGUUGGAGAAGAAAUCGAAGCACCUGGAAUCAUUGUCCCGCCUCUGACGUUUCACGAAUUCGCCGAAGGAUAUCAGUUUAGUCUCGACUUUUUCCGCAAUGAUUGGAUGGUCAAGAUUGAUGAGCAGACUAUUCCUCUACCUGACGUAUCUGAGAGACCGGAACCUGAUGACGAGUUUCGAAUCAGAGUGGAUGAUCCCUCGGAAAAGAUGCAGCAGCUUUUUGAUUACCCCUUUGGAGAAUAG